CUAUGUUUGUUACCUCCCUUAGAUUAUACCUCUCCACCUAUUUUCAUUAAACUUCGGGAACUUUGAUGGCGCGAGUUUUCCAUACUGUUGUCGGCCACAUCCUGUAGAUGCCGAUCUUUCAUUUUAACUUUGACGCAAAGAUUGUUUCAUUUCAUACACAAUUUCACCAAUGCACGCAUCUGUUGGAUAUUUACCAAAAUUUGAAGAGUUGCAAUUUUGCUUUUAAUGGCUUUGCCAGAGAAAGAAGGUCAAUAGUGCCUAUGACUUUUGCAAAGACUGGAUGGGAGAAAAGACGGAAGAAACCAUGACUCAUGGAUUACCCAAAGACUGGAGACCUGAUCUGAAUGCUUGCAAUAAUAGUACCCAAGGGUUUGGUCGCUUGGUGGUGGUAGGUCUACCACACAAAGUUGCUGACCUGUAGGUGCUAAUUUAUCAACUCAAGGAUUAAAAUUUUAAACUGAUGACUGGCAUUAUAAAUCUGGUAAAGACACUUAGUUUUCACUGGCUCAAUCCAAGAAGCUGUAAAUAAGUAACAUAAGGAGGGAGUUGCUCUACUAAAGUAGUAUGAAUCCCACACUAAGUCUUGAGCAGUUACUAACUGCUACUCAACAACAACAACAGUAUGAAGACAACGUUAGACAAAUGCAAUUAAGUACGCCACCACCCAGUCAGACCAGUGCCUUUUCUGAGCCAGAGUCACUCAUUCCAUCAUUGUUAUCUCAGCUUUUAGCUCCUCCAUCACCUCCGUUAGUGUCUAUGGCAUCAGGUUCAAUACCAGAGUGUUCAGAAGUUACAAUGUCCACACAACAUUUACAACCUUCCUAUUCACAACCAGAGGAACCAUCUGAAACAUCCAUUUCAUCAACUGAUCAGCCAGAAUUAAAAAUGCCCUCACUGUUAGAAACACCGGAUUCAUCUUCAUUACUGUCUUCGUCUGAUUCACUGACAUCAACACCAAUGCAUCAGUCAGUUUCAUCGUUAACAUCACUGCUGUUAUCAUCAUCGCCGCCACCAACAAGUAAACCUGAGGCUACAGUUUCCUACUCAACUGCCUCAUCUCAGUUAUCAGGAUUGUUAUCAACAACUGUUCCUCAGUCUACAGAUACUAUACCAGUAUCACUGCCAUCAUCAUCAGUUACACUUGUGUCUACAUCUACAUCCUCACCGUCAGUAACAUCUACAUCGACAACUAUAACAACUACUACUACAACAACAACAACCAUAUCGACAUCAUCAUCAUCAUCGUCACCAAUUACUGUGCAAUCACCAGAAGCAGCGAUUGCCUCCAUAAUGUCUGCUUCGAGUCGUAUGAUAUUGCAACAUCAAGCUGCUGGACUUUUAUCUCCUGCGGCCGCACAACAGUAUUUGGAAAUGAUGCGGACACGAGCAACAAACUACGCCACAGCGACGACUGCAGUGCAUCAAAAGUUACUUGAUGAUCUCAAUGAAGAACUAGGGAAACUGGCUAAUGAUGGUGUUGAAGAGAGUGUCAGCCAAGAAGUAUUUGCAAAGUUUGAACACAGAGAAAUCCUUCCAGGCUGCUGUUCCCAUCCUGGUGAUAUUGUUGAAGCAGGAUCACUUGCAUCAUUAUUACUUCCGGAUGCUUGGUACCCUUUGACCAGUGUUUUCCCCCCUGAAAAGUUGAAAUGUGGACAGUUAAGUAGCCUCCAGCUUGAAGGGAUACUCUAUGCUUGCCAGAAGCAUCAAACAGUGCUACCUAAUGGGCAUCGGGCUGGGUUUUUUAUUGGUGAUGGAGCUGGAGUUGGCAAAGGAAGACAGGUAUCUGGUAUUAUACUUGACAACUACUGCCGGGGCCGUCUGCGACAUAUUUGGUUCAGUAUCUCUGCAGAUCUUGUUGUUGAUGCCAGAAGAGAUUUGCGGGACAUAGGCUGCCAUAUUAAAGUGAUAGAUGGUUGCAAUGAACUUGACAGAAAUACUCGAGUAUUUGGACUGUCACCAGAUUUUAAGGAAGGUGUUGUAUUUAGUACAUACGCAACACUUGUCUCUUCUGUUCAGAGAGGUGCCCUUCGUGGUGGUAGACAAAGUCGAUUGCAGCAACUAAUAAAUUGGUGUGGAGGAAAAGAUUUUGAUGGUUGCCUCAUCUUUGAUGAAUGCCAUAAAGCGAAGAAUUUUGUUCCUGGCCGUGAGCAUGCCAGUACUAAAGUUGCUAACGCUGUUAUGACUAUUCAAAGACUUCUUCCUAAAGCAAGAGUCAUCUAUUGUUCAGCUACUGGAGUGUCAGAUGUGAAAAAUAUGGCUUUCAUGGAGAGACUUGGGCUUUGGGGAGAUGGUGCACCUUUUCCAUCUUUUGAAAACUUUUUGGAUUGUAUGUCUCGAAAAGGACUAGGUGCAGCUGAAAUGCUUGCCAUGGAAAUGAAAUCGUCAGGGAUGUAUGUUUCUAGAGGCCUCAGUUUUAAACAAGCAGAGUUUAUAACUGUAGAGGCUGAACUUACUACAGAACAAAUGAAAACCUAUGACAUUGCAGCAUAUAUAUGGAAUGAAUUACGGAAAGCAUUAUCAACUGCCCUUCAUCGGACAAAUUGUGGCAAUAAUAGAAUAUGGACACAGUAUUGGUCUUCACACCAGCGUUUCUUUAAACAACUUUGUAUGGGAAUGAAAGUUCCAACAAUUAUACAACAUGCACAAGAGGCACUACAGCAAGGCCAUUGUGUAGUAAUAGGUCUUCAAACAACUGGUGAGGCAUCGUUGGAAAAUGAACUUGGUCGAAAUAAAGGUGUUACUGGUUUUGUUUCUUUAUGCCGAGAAAUACUGACACGGUUCAUCAGAAUUUACUUUCCUACUAUGAUUGAAUGUGGAAUGAAUGAAGAAAGACGUGAAGAUGAAUGGUGUAAAGAGGCUAAAUCUAUGUUAUUGAAAUAUGCUAGUGAAAUAGAGUUACCAGACAGCCCUUUGGAUAGCAUUAUUGACCUACUUGGUGGCCCAGAGGCCGUUGCUGAAAUGACAGGAAGACGUGGUCGAGUAGUAAGGAGCAAUGAUACAGGAUGUCCUCGUUAUGAGCUUCGUGAUAGUCUCUCAUCAGGUUCCAGUUCAGAAUUAGAAAGUUUGAAUGUGAAUGAGCGGAAUAAUUUCAUGGAUGGAAGAAAGUUAGUUGCAAUUAUUUCUGAUGCUGCAAGCACAGGAAUAUCAUUACAUGCUGAUGUGAGAGCACCCAAUCAACGGCGCCGGCAUCAUUUGACCAUAGAAUUACCCUGGAGUGCCGACAAAGCUGUACAACAACUGGGUCGUUCUCAUCGUUCUAAUCAGUCAAGUGGUCCCCUCUAUAAACUGGUAACCACAAACCUGGGUGGUGAAAGGCGUUUUGCUGCUGCUGUUGCACGUCGAUUACAGUCUUUGGGUGCUUUGACUAAAGGUGAUCGACGAGCUGCAACAGGUGCAGAUCUCACUGAAUUCAAUUUUGAUACUCCAUAUGGACGUAGUGCUCUGAGAGUUAUGUAUCAGUAUACAUGUAUGUCUGAAUUGGUUCCUGGUAUAGCUUUUAAUUCUGUCAAGCAAAACGUGGACACAAUUGACAACUUUCAUAAAAUUUUGCAGGAUUGUUUAAUUUUGAUGGGGAUUGUUGAUAUGGAUCCAGUUAAAUUUACUGUCCAGGUUAAGAAAGAAGAUUUAGGCAAUGUUGGUAAAUUUCUCAACCGUAUCCUUGGUCUUCCUGUGAUGAAACAAAACCUGAUUUUCAACUAUUUUAUUCAAUGCCUGGAUAUAACAAUACAGAAUGCUAAGAGAGAAGGAAAAUACAAUGAAGGUCUACUUGACAUUACUGCCAGCUCAGUAGAAAUGGUUGGUGAACCCAAAGAAGUAUUUAAAGAUUUGACCAAAGGAAACACUGUGACCAAGCUCGUUGUAUUGAAUGUUGAUCGAGGAAUGAAAUAUGAGCAAGCUUUAAGUAUGUAUGAGAAUCACAAAGGCAAAGCUGGUUUUUACCUUUCAAAGGGUCAGCCAUUUGGUCGCAAACUCUGUUUGUUGGCACUUUCCAAAGACAACUCUAAAAAUAUCUUCAAAGUAGUCAGGCCGAAUACUGGUGUAUCAGCAUUUGAAAUGGAGAAGUCAGACUUACAUGCAAAAUACUCAAAAAUUAGCCUCAUUGAUGCAGAAAAGGCAUGGCAGGAACAGCAUGAGGCAACUGAGGAUCACUGCAUGCAUGGUAGGCUGUGUCGGAACCGUGGAGCUUGUACAGUUGGGAGUCGGUGUUAUUUCAUGCAUCUUCUGUGUGGGAGUAUUAUAACACUAAUGUCAGUUUUGGAAGCAGUUAUUGCUCGUCACUCAUAUCAAAUGCAUCUCAGUAAAGCUGAGUCUUCCAUUCGAGUUGUACGGAUUCAACUUAACAAUGGUGAGCGUGUUGUUGGUAUCCGUUACCCAGAACGUCUCAUUGGUGAGGUUGAGAAAGUUCUCAGAGAACAUCAGCUUGUCAAUCAGUUGCAGAUGAUGAAUAACAAUUCAUCAACGCAGACCAAUGACACUGUUAUACCAAAUUUUAAUUCUUCAUCGAACAAGUUCAUCAUUGAAGCUGCCUCUCCAGUGAUUCCAAAAUAUGUUAACAAGGCAUUUACUCCACAAUUUAACAUGCACUCGUUUUUCAAGUCUAAUCCACGUAGUCAUGUGAUGCCGUCUUCAAUGAGCAGAAGUUCAUGUAAAGUAAGACCGAUGGAACAAAAUCUGGUCAAUGAUUCCAACAAUCAGCUCAUGCCAUACAAUAGUGCACCAGCACAACAUUCCUUAUCCAUUGCUAGCAGUGCUACAAGUAAUAAUUUCAAUAAAGGAGUGUCUUGUAGUGCUAUUUGCAGCAGCAGUGAGAGCAGUAUUACCAGUGAUCCUUACAAAAUGAACAUGUCCCGAAAACGGCGUUUUAACAACUACAGCUUUGAUAAUUGCAUUGAUAUGAAUAGCAAUUGCAAGCAACAAACUCUUGUGUCUCUUUUUGCUAAAAAUACUGUCAAUAGGCUGGAGAGUCCACUAGUAACUGGCCAGCAGUGUCCAGUAUGCAGCAUGAAUUUUGAGCUGGGCACCACUAAUGAUCAGAUCAAUGCUCAUGUUGAUAACUGUCUUUUGUAACAGGCAACUAACUCAUUUUUUUUAAGUUAUUCAAAAUUGAAAGAAGAAAACAUG